AUGGUUUCCACAAGCGAUUUAAUCGUGAUGUGUGUCGUGGUUGCAUUAGUUGUAAUUCCAUUAAUCAUCUUUCUAUAUUGUUAUUUGGAAGAAUUAUGUGUGAGAUUAGGUGGAAGAGAGAUUGGAUAUUAUGAAGAUGAGGAGAAUAUCCUUCAUAGAAUCCAAUCCCCGGUAAAUCCAUUUCAUGAAUUGGGUUAUGAUUUUGAUGAUUGGAUCCGACCCGACCCAAGAACACGUAAUGAGCAAUUACGAUCCAACAUCACAUUAAAAGGCCUUGAUCAGCCCACUAUAGAUUCUUACCCGAUUGGCCUAUUUGGAGUUAGAGUACCCGAGGAAAAUAUUGAUGAUGCAGCUAAUUGUGCAAUAUGCAUGGAGAAAUACUCUCAUGAUGACGUCGUAAGGCGGUUGCCUUGUGCUCACCCGUUCCAUGUUAAGUGUAUCGAUCCAUGGCUUCGAAAACAGGCUCAAUGUCCUGUUUGUAAAAUGAUUUUUACGUAA